CGGAAUACGGGUGAAGAAAAUGAUUUUUACGCUGAAGCUAAAACCGCGAUGCUGUAUAGAGUAGCUACAUAGCUUAGUAACUGCUCUGAAUAAUUUUAUAUAGGUAUUUUUUGCUUAAUUGUAAAGAAUAGUGUUCAGUGCUCUGUUUUUGUGUCCUGACUCGUUCAUUUCAAAGACAGGAAUACUUACAGGAUAACAAGAAUAACUAGAAAUGGCAGAUUCAUUCAGUCUCCAGAAUGUUCUGGACAGCUUCAAGUCGUGUCUCAGUGAUAAUAAGGAGGUCUUUAUAAAGUACUAUAUAUCAGGAUGGCGAGAGCUGGUCAGCUUUAUGAACAGCCUGGGAAGUGUCUUUUCCUUCAUCUCUAAGGAUGCAGUCAACAAAAUCCAAAUCCUGGAGAACUUUCUGGUGGGUGAGAAUGGGACUCACUACCUCACUGUCCAGUCCAUGGUGAAGUACGAGUUGGACAACGAGCUGGUGGAUCUUACCAAACGAGGCAUCCACCCGGAGUCGGGCUGCCGCACGUUGCUACGUCUGCACCGUGCCCUCCGCUGGCUUCAGCUCUUUUUGGAAAGUCUGCGCACCAGCAAUGAGGACAGUAAGACCUCUGUCAUGUGCUCUGAGGCCUAUAAUGCUUCGCUAGCGCAGCACCACCCCUGGAUCAUCCGGAAAGCAGCUGGAGUGGCGUUUUGUGCUUUGCCAUACCGCAAUACGUUCUUUGAGGUGAUGAAUGCAGGCAGCCACCAGGAGGUGAUCACACUUCUGGGUGAAGCUUUACCUAUGAUCUCAGAAGUCUAUCAGAUCACAGAGGACCUGUAUGCAAAAAACAACCUGCUCGACUUACCCUAGGUGGUUCUGCACUACUUGACAUACUCCAUGGUCACUUUAUGCUACUGUGUGUUGUAUAUACUCCUGCUGUUUCUUUCACUUUCCAAAUACACUGGGACAUGAGCAUAGUUUAUUAAUACAAAGUUGAGAAAAUGUAUUCACAUAUUUAUUAUUGAUUUAAAGGGAUAUAUCAAAUGUACUUGAAUUACUAUUCUAUGAAAAAUAUUCAGCAUAGUGAUCAUAUACAGUGCUUUACAUAUAUGAAAUGUAUGUAAUAUGUAUCUUAAUGUACUCUUAAUUUUUGAUGUAGGUUCAUGUAGGUACACCUACAUUCAUGUAGGUGAAUUAAGGCUCUUUUUGAAGAGUCAAAUCAUUUGACUCGGCUCACCAAUGAGAAUCGUCUCUUUCAACUGUGAUUUUUCCAAACUGGACAACAUUUGCACUAUUAAGGGCAGACCAAAUAAUUUAGUGAAAUUGUACUGUACCUUACUUUGCAUUGCAUUUUAUAAAAUCAAUUUCAGUAAUUCAAAAGUUCUUCAAAAGCACACUGACAGAAACAGUAAGCAUCCCUCAUAUAGACAUAUACACAGAAGAUUUAUUAAGAUUUAUUUCCAUUUAUCCUGAUACCCAGUUGCCUCCCCUAUUAAGCUAUAUUAACUCUACCUCCACACAAAGAGUCAAAGACGUGACUCAUUUAUGCAAACAAACAGCUCAAAGUCUGAAAAAUAGAUGUCCAUGGAACCAGUGGUUAUCGAAGAUCAAUGGAUGAAUAAACGAAUGAAGGUGUAAUGUCAUUAACCUACAACUAUGACAAACAAUAACAAAGAAAAUCUGAUAUUAGCUCUCAACAUUCACCGAAAUGAACCGACUCAAAGAGUCGACUCAGUCGCAAAUGACACAUCAUUUGUUCUACACAAUUAUUCAUGUGUGAAUUAUUGUUCGGUAUGUAAAACAGUGGUUGAUGUAGAUAUUGAUUACAAUGGAAAAUAAAUACCACCACAGCCAG